AUGGCAUCUCAACGCAAUCGGAAUGCCCGCGGCCCCAACAGAAAUGGGGGUCAAGGAGAGGAAUUUCAACUGUGGCAGAGCAUCAAAGAAGAACUACGCACUUUUGUCGAACUACAAAACGCAGAUAACGACAACGUGCAGAAGAUUAUUACUCAAGAUACGUUUAUGGCACAGAACACAAAAAUAAUAAAUAGCGAAGCUGAAGAGCGCAAGCAAGAAGAAUUCUUUCGAAGAGGAGUUCGGUCAUCUGAGGCGGUUUCCGAAUGCAUCAAGACACUCAUAGGGAAUCUUGAACUGAUACGGGCCAUUCAGAAAGGGAAGGAGGAAGAGGCAGAGCAGAAACCCGUUUUGCCAACACCGUCCCGGUCUAAAAGAGACCCUUACGAUUUUGAUGGCCUUGGCGAUGAGCCUGACCAAGACCAGAACAGCAAUCACGCCCAAAAGUUUGGGAGUGGUGGAAGUGGAAAUGGUGCAAUCAUCGGAGGUGGAGGCAGUGAUCGUCCUGGAAACCGCGAUAGUCUCCCUCCUCGCGGCGGAGACCGUGACACUCCAGUCAAAGCUGACAGCGUCGAGCCACAAGGGUCAGGGAGCAGUGUGGCCUCGGCCGUACAGCGAUCCAAAGUAAUGUUUGUCAAAGGGCAAGACGUCGUGUUCAAACCUUCGAAAGCAGCCAAUCCAAACGAAACGACAGAGUGGUUCUUGGGAAAAGUUCAGCAAGUUCUUGGCGAGGGCAAGUCGCGGCGAUACAAAGUCAAAGAUGAAGACCCAGAUGUCGCUCCUGAAUUGCGCCAGGAGUAUCGCACGAGUGCCAGCAACAUGAUACCUCUUCCUCCGCCAGGUCAAGAGUUGUUAGAAUUAGAGCGAGGGAAGACUGUGUUGGCAUUGUAUCCUGAUAGCACGACCUUCUACAAGGCAGAGGUCAUGAACACUGAUAAGGAAACUGGAAAGGUAAAUUUACGAUUCGAAGGCGAAGAGAACUCAGGAACACUUCAAGAGGUAGAAAGACGCUUUGUUGUUGAAUACCGCAAUUGA